GUGACCCACUAUCUGAUCUGUUGUGUACAUUGCUGUGCUGCUUUGCCAACCUACCAACGUUUACACACAGAGAGAAGAGAAGACUAUCCAAGCAAACAUGGUGAGCGCGACGGUUGGGACGGCUGUGGUUGGAGUUAUUGCUGCUAUAUUUGUUGUGGCUGCAGUGCUGCUUGCACUGGCUUUGUGCAAACUCCGUGGAAAAUGUGGCUUUCGACAAUGGAAAUUUUCAGGAAGACCGCAACGAAGGCUCACAAAGGGGAGAGAAGGCUUUCAUGCAUUUGCUGUUCUACCUUCUGUCUCUACUGGUCCAGGUGCUCUUAGAGGUCCAUAUUCUGUUGCUUAUGAAGAGAUUUCAAUGAGAGAUUCUUGGGUUCAGAGUGGUAUCUAUGAAGAUAUUGAAGUUGGAAGACAGCCCACAAAAACGAAAGAGAAAGAUCAAUCAAACGUAUCUCUUAUAUCUGUCAACAGAUUUGACGACGAUGCUUACAACGUAGCUGCCUCUGCAAAUGUCUCCAAUCAACACCCGCCUUAUGCAUACACCAACCCACUGUUUCAGGCUGAUAACCAUGACAGUAAACAACCAGAGAAUAUGAGACGGACACUAGAGGCUACAAAUCAAGGCUACCUACAACCAAUUGAAGUUGUAGUUCACAGAGGCAAUGAGACAAAAACUCAAGCAGAGAUGCAGGAUGUUGAGUCAACUACAGCCACUGAUACAGCUGGAGCAGCAAGUAGUGUGGCAGUUGGCUCAGAGAUACAAGCAACUGAACCCCAGCACGACAAGAACACCUCAACAGCAGCAAACGAGGGAGUCGUUUACGCACACGUCAACAAAGACAAGAAAAGACCGAAAUCAGACACACAGACAACAGAGCCAAUUUAUGCUCGAGUCGACAAGACUUUGAAGAGAAAAUGUCGAGGUGAGAAGGUACAAUCGCUUCCGACUCCACAAGAAAUUAAUGAAGACGAUGCCAUUCAGAAUUCAAAUCUUGUUGCUGUACAAAACCUACUAGAAAGCAACUCAGAGUUCGAAGAGCCAGGCUACGCCAAACUCAACACGCUAACAAGCCAAUAGCAAAACUCCAAGACAAAUAUGCAAAAUAUUAAUUAAUUAAUCAGCAAGUGUUUCAUUGUCUGAUUGUUAUACCGACAGACAUGUGAACGAAUAUUUUCAGUUGCACAUAGAAACAGUCGAGUGUUCACCAUUUUCACUGACAAUAUAAUACUGACUGUCAGUUGUUUUAUAAUCAUCACUAAUAUAUUACAAUAUAGUUUACUGGUCACGUGA